ACCUCUUCACCAACCCCCCCCGACUCACAGGAACGGUGGGCAGAGCAGAAGUCACUUUGCCAACCCAGAGAGAAAUGGCUGCUACAAUGGCUCUUCGCAAAAUAUCAUCCUCCGUCCGUAACCCACUCAAACUUCACCUUAAUCGUGGUUCCUUCCGUUACAUGUCUUCUUUGUCCAACCAAGAACUAGAUGAGAAAGAUCAAGCAGCUCGUGAUACCUGGAUUAAGCAAUUGAAUGCUCCGCUCAAGGUGAUCGAUCCCGAAAUUGCUGACAUCAUUGAACUGGAGAAAGCUAGGCAAUGGAAGGGACUUGAAUUAAUACCAUCAGAAAAUUUUACUUCAGUCUCAGUAAUGCAAGCUGUUGGCUCCGUCAUGACUAACAAAUAUAGUGAAGGCUAUCCGGGUGCUAGAUAUUAUGGAGGAAACGAGUAUAUUGACAUGGCCGAGUCAUUAUGUCAGAGGCGUGCAUUAGAAGCUUUUCAGUUAGAUCCUUCAAAAUGGGGAGUCAAUGUGCAACCAUUAUCUGGAUCCCCUGCUAACUUUCAAGUUUACACUGCAUUGUUGAAACCUCAUGAGAGGAUAAUGGCCCUUGAUCUACCUCAUGGUGGGCAUCUUUCACAUGGUUAUCAGACAGAUACUAAGAAGAUAUCUGCUGUGUCUAUAUUCUUCGAGACAAUGCCAUACAGAUUGAACGAGAGUACCGGAUAUAUUGACUACGAACAGUUGGAGAAGAGUGCCAUACUUUUCAGACCAAAACUUAUAGUUGCUGGAGCAAGUGCUUAUGCACGGCUUUAUGACUAUGCACGCAUCCGUAAGGUCUGUGACAAGCAUAAAGCAGUUAUGUUGGCUGAUAUGGCACACAUUAGUGGGCUGGUUGCUGCAGGCGUUAUCCCAUCUCCGUUUGAAUAUGCAGAUAUUGUAACAACCACAACACAUAAGUCACUUCGUGGUCCACGUGGGGCUAUGAUCUUCUAGAAGGGUGUUAAAGAGAUAAAUAAACAAGGACAAGAAGUUAUGUAUGACUAUGAAGACAAAAUUAAUCAGGCAGUCUUUCCUGGGCUUCAAGGUGGGCCACACAAUCACACCAUAGCUGGUUUAGCAGUUGCACUUAAGCAGGUCAAGACUCCUGAGUACAAGGCCUACCAAGAGCAAGUUCUCCAGAAUUGUUCACAAUUUGCUCAGAGUUUGUUAGAGAAGGGUUAUGAACUAGUAUCUGGUGGAACUGACAACCAUUUAGUCUUGGUCAACUUGAGAAACAAGGGUAUAGAUGGAUCAAGAGUUGAAAAGGUUUUGGAAGCAGUACAUAUUGCAGCUAAUAAAAACACUGUUCCUGGGGAUGUUUCUGCCAUGGUACCUGGUGGUAUUCGAAUGGGAACUCCUGCUCUCACAUCUAGAGGGUUUAUUGAGGAAGAUUUUGCCAAAGUAGCUGAGUUCUUUGAUGCAGCUGUGAAGUUGGCCUUGAAGAUCAAGGCUAAUACCAAAGGAACAAAGCUGAAGGAUUUUGUGGCAACUCUGCAAUCGGAUGCCAACAUUUUAUCUGAGAUUUCAAAGCUCCGUCAUGAGGUUGAGGAGCAUGCAAAACAAUUUCCAACAGUUGGUUUUGAAAAAGAAACAAUGAAAUACAAAGACUGAAGAUUUCUCUUUAUAAUUCAAGGAGGUGUCAGGUUAUGCCUUGAAUUUCCCUGUUGUAAAAUUGGUGUGAACAAAAUGGAGAUUUGGAGAUUACAGCUUAUUGAAAUGGGAGUAUUUUGGACUCAAGUAAAUGAAUUCCAGAUCAUAAGAAUAUUCGAUCCCUGAUGUAAAUUUAUAUUCAACUGAGCUUUUGUAAUGUAUAAAUAUGAAGUCUCAUUUUCUUUUUGUUUCA